GUGGUGAAGCAGGAAGACAUUUUUAAAUGACCACCACGAACAACAAUCAAACCAUGAACUAAAUGUAUGUUAAAACGGAUUCCUGUCCAGAAUCCCCGUUGCGCGUAUUAGAGAGAAACGCAUGGCUAUACAGUAACAUGGAAGUUCCUUCCUACCUGUCCAGACUUCUGUCUGAGCUGAACGAGCAGCGUAAGCGGGACUUCUUCUGUGACUGCAGUAUCAUAGUCGAAGGACGUGUUUUCAAGGCCCACCGUAAUAUUCUCUUCGCCAGCAGUGGUUAUUUUCGUGCCCUUCUGAUGCAUUAUUUGCAGGACAAUGUCCAAAGACACAGCACGGCGUCUCUGGACAUUGUCACAGCUGAGGCGUUCUCCUCCAUCCUGGACUUUCUGUAUUCGGGGCGGCUCGACCUGCGAAGCAACAACGUCAUUGAAAUAAUGUCAGCUGCAAGCUACCUCCAGAUGACCGACGUGGUGAACUUCUGUAAGGGCUACAUAAAAUCAUCUUUGGAGAUCUGUAACCGUGAGGGGGAGAGAUGCAAGCGUAGAGAGCAGUCGGAUGAUAGCGCGAUCCCAGUCACGAGUGCAUCCACUUCUGAAAUAGACCAAAGGAGCUCUCAGGUCACAGAGGCCCUCAGCCCUGAUGAUGCUCCGACGGCUGCUCUCUCCACACCGGCAGCCAUUAGCAGCAAAGACUCAGAGAGUGAGAGCUCACAAGGAGGAUUUCCUAACCAACCACCUAUGAAUGCUCCAAUAAAGAGUGCUUCAGGCCCAGAUUUGAUCAACUCAUCCACCCCGGGUCUGCUUUUGGGGUUGGUGCACCCAAAAAUUGAGUAUGACCCUGAUGAAGAGGGCGAGUCUUCGCAGGAAUCCAAAGACACGGUUCUUUAUCGUGGCCCAAAUAACGACGGGGAAAGACCAGACGAUGGUAGCCCGGCUCCAAUCACAGAGCACUCCAAUUUAUUUGGUACCUGUCCAAUGAAGCAGUUCCCAGAUGUGGUGUUUCGAGGUGGAGCCAGUCACAACCGUGAUGAGAACUUUUCACAGAGUAUGGGGUAUUCUGGAGGAUUCGGUCGUGUGAAUGACGUGCUUGGUGCCGGGGGUCCCUGUGGUAUGGAGAUUCAGAAUGACUGGUAUGGGGAUGACCCAGGGAGGCUGCACAAAUGUCCAUUCUGCCCAUACACGGCCAAACAGAAGGGCAUUUUAAAGAGGCACAUCCGAUGCCACACAGGAGAAAGACCGUAUCCUUGUGAGGUCUGCGGCAAGCGAUUUACACGACAGGAACAUCUGCGCACUCAUGCUAUAUCUGUCCAUCGCUCCACUUGGCCCAUUGUGUGUAAAGGCUGUCGGCGUGUGUUCUCAGGCAUCGUGUCCCAGGGAAUGAAGCGAUUUGGACUUUGCGAUGGCUGUACCUUUGUUACUACAACAAAUGAGGAUCCCUCCUCUAUGAACCUCAGUAUCCAAAAUGAGGCUGUUGAGAGGUGCACUAGAGAUUCUGAUUGGUCCGUGUUCAUUGUGGAAGGAGAUGAAGCUGAGCCUAGUGCUAUUACUUCUAUACAGGAAGAGGACGAUAAGCAGAAUGUUGCCAGACAGCUUGCAGACAAUGGCACUCUGUUGUAGAUUAAUUUGCAUUUCUGUGGUAGCAUUUCUCCACACACAACUAUAGCUAUUUUGGGGGGGUUAGAAAGGAAGGAAAUCAGUUCAAGGACCAUUUUUAUGGUCGUGCCAUCUUUUUUACAUCUGUUGUGAGAAUGAAGUCUGUGCCAGAAAUAUUGUUUUGUCGAACUUAAUAAUGAAGCAUAGUUUUGUACACUUAAACACAGUUAUUUAAUUUAUUAUUGGGUUGUUUUACCAGUGUAUAACCUUUGCUAUUUGCCCAAAAAUCAAAGUCAUUGUUUAUUGCUCAUUUGUCUUUAUUUGAGACGUAUAUUUAUUUUGAAAUAUAAGGAAACAAAACUAUUAAAAACGAAUGCAUACAACUCUUGCAGUUCAUUCG